AUGCCAGUGGCGUACGCGCUAGUUGACGAAGAGACGGUUCAUAGUUGGUGUUGGUUUUUCCAAAAUUUGAGAGAAUACGUCACCAAAGACUGUAACAGUAGAAUUUGUGUUCUAUCAGACCGUCAUGCCGGGAUAAUUAAUGCGAUGGAGAACCUUCUGGAUUGGAGGGAACCAAACGCCUACCACCGUUAUUGUCUUCGGCAUGUCAGAAGCAAUUUUAGUGGUAGGUUCAAGACCAAAUCUCUUAGGAAGCUGUGUUGGAUGAUCGGGAGCACAAGUCAACGAAGAAAGUAUCUUUGGGCUGUGAGGGAAAUGCAGAUGUUAAAUCGGGGUGCUUGGAACUACCUGAACGACAUCGACAAAAGCAAGUGGACUAUUGUUCAUGACCGCGGAAACCGUCGUUGGGGUAACCUUACGACGAACAUAUCUGAGUCUAUGAAUAAUGUCUUACGGGAAGCAAGACUCCUGCCAGUAAAAGCCUUAAUUCAUUAUACGUUCACCAAGGACGUAUCAGAGUAUGCUCGCCACGCGCAGAUGGCCCAAAGCUGCAAUACCCCUCUACCCCCUCGAAUUUGGUCCAGGUUUAACAAGUUGCAUUCCGUAGCCAUGCAACAUGAAGUGUCCGUCUACGAUGUCAGAGAAGGUCGUUACGCGGUGGUUUCAAGGGAAGAAACCAAUGAUGACGGUGGAAACGAGUACACCGUUGAAUACGGACGCAGCCGGUGCUCAUGCGGGAAAUGGAAAAUGCUUAGAUUCCCUUGUUCCCAUGCUAUCGCAGUUUGCGCUUGGAGGGGUGAGCAACCACAUGACGUUACCCACUCCAUAUUCCACACCACCACCUAUCAGGAACAGUAUAGCGGUCAUUUUUACACCUUGGGACACAAAGAUGAGUGGGAAGAAGCGGACUGGACAAUUCAAGGGGACCCUUCGAGGAUCACAACACAUCGUGGCAGGGUUCGUUCAAGAAGAAUUCAAAACGAGAUGGAUGUUAACUACCACGAUGAACCCCAGGCACGUCGAUGCAGCAGAUGCGGAGAAACCGGGCACAACAGGAAGACCUGUGGCCGACGUUAA